AAACUUCUCCUCUGCGCCCACUUCCCACCCGCCCCCCUUCUCCGCCCCGCUCCUCCCCGUGCUCCCCGUCUCCGCCCCCCUCUUACCCCCAUCCACCCCUUCCGCCACCCCUUCCGCCACCCCUUCCGCCACACCUUCCGCCACACCUCCCGCAUCCUGCUCCCCCCCGCCCCUCCUGCGGCCAAUCACCGAAGAGUGUGCAGGCGUUAACAAGGAAGAAGAGCACGUAGAUGGGGUGCAGAUGGCCCCAUGA